AUGAGCAACAGCGAGUGGAACGAUGCGGAGGCCAACAGGCUGCCGGAGAAGGUGGCCGAGUUAGAGAAGGGAGGGGAGAUACCCAAGGAUUCGAAGAGGAAGAAGGUGGUGGUAGUCGGCCUGGGUAUGGUCGGCGUGGCCUUCAUCGAAAAACUCAUGAAGCUCGACGUUAAGAGGCGCGAAUACGACAUCAUUGUCAUUGGCGAAGAACCGCAUUUGGCGUACAACCGCGUGGGCCUGACGAGCUUCUUCCAGCACCGGCAGGUCGAGAACCUGUAUCUGAAUCCGAAAGAAUGGUAUGCAAGCAUGCCGGAAGGAUCCCUCAACUACCACCUCAACACACUAGUCACCGAAAUAAACUCGAACGAAAAGACGGUCAAGACAUCCGCCGGCGACACCGUAUCCUACGAUAUCCUCGUUCUAGCCACAGGCUCCGAUGCCGUUCUUCCGCGGCAUACGCCAGGCUAUGACGCGAAGGGCGUGUUCGUAUACCGCACAAUCGAUGAUCUGCAGAAGCUCAUCGAGUUUGCAAGCACAAGGAAAGGCACAACCGGUGUAACAGUCGGCGGAGGCCUACUGGGGCUGGAGGCAGCGAAGGCUAUGAUGGAUCUGGAAGAUUUCGGCAAGGUCGCAUUGAUCGAGCGAAAUCGAUGGGUUCUGUCGCGGCAACUGGAUGCCGACGCCGGCGGCAUGGUUGUCGAGCAAGUGCGGGCGCUUGGUCUUGAUGUCAUGCUGAGCAAGCGCGUGGGUAGAAUCAAUACGAACGAGGAGAACUUUGUCACUGGGCUCAGGUUCGAGGAUGGAGAGGAGAUGGAGUGCUCAACGAUCUGCUUUGCGAUUGGUAUCAAACCACGAGACGAGCUGGCACGGAAGGCUGGCGUCAAGUGCGCAGAUCGAGGUGGCGGUAUUGUUGUCAACCCUGACCUUUCAACAUCCAUACCUGACAUCUACGCCAUCGGCGAGUGCGCAAGCUGGGAAAGUCAGACUUUCGGCCUCAUCGCGCCGGGCGUAGAGAUGGCCGAUGUACUCGCAUUCAAUCUUACUCAAGCGAAGGCACACUCACCGCGGAAAUUCAAGCGCCCUGAUCUUAGCACCAAGCUGAAGCUCCUCGGUGUUGAAGUCGCAAGCUUUGGUGACUUUUUUGCGGAUCGCGAUGGCCCCAAAGAGCUGCCCGCCAGGCGUGGAGGUGGGAAAAUCAAGGAAGGUACGAUUGAUAGCAAAGAUCGCGUCAAGAACAUGACUGAGGGUCCCGCUCCGCCUCCAGUGAAAGCGCUUACCUACAAAGACCCCUUUCAGCAGGUGUACAAGAAGUACCUCUUCACCACCGACGGCAAGUACCUACUUGGAGGCAUGAUGAUUGGGGACACCAAAGACUACGUCAAGCUGGUGCCAAUGGUUAAGGGACAGAAGCCACUCGAGAUACCGCCAGGUGAACUAAUUGUCGCUGCUGGACAGGGAGACGACAAUCCUGACGAUCUUGCCGAUGACACCCAGAUCUGCUCGUGCCACAAUGUUCUCAAAGGUGAUGUUGCCAGGGCCGUCAAGGAUGGAACCUGCAAGAGCAUCGGCGACGUCAAGACCUGCACGAAGGCUGGCACUGGUUGUGGUGGCUGCAUGCCGCUCGUCCAAACCAUCUUCAACAAGACCAUGGCAUCAAUGGGACAGGAAGUGAAGAACUAUCUUUGCCCGCAUUUCGAGUACUCUCGUGCCGAUCUUUUCAACAUUAUCUACGUCAAGAAGCUCAAGGACUUUCCGGAAGUAAUGAAGCAAUGCGGCAAGGAUCCAGAGUCUGUCGGCUGCGAGUCCUGCAAGCCGACAAUCGCCUCAAUCCUCGCCUCCCUCUUCAACAAGCACAUCGUCGAUCCACCACACCGUGGUCUCCAGGACACCAACGAUAGAUUUUUGGCGAACAUCCAGCGGAACGGUACUUUCUCGGUUAUUCCACGCGUUUCUGCUGGCGAGAUCACGCCCGAGAAACUCAUCAUCAUCGGCACCGUUGCGAAGAAAUAUGGUCUUUACACCAAGAUUACGGGUGGCCAGCGUAUUGACAUGUUUGGCGCCAAGAAGCAGGAUCUGAUAAAUAUCUGGACCGAGCUCAUCGAAGGCGGCAUGGAGAGCGGUCACGCUUACGCCAAGUCCCUACGUACAGUCAAGAGCUGUGUUGGCACCACGUGGUGUCGGUUUGGUAUCGGCGACAGUGUAGGCAUGGCCGUACGGCUGGAGGAACGUUACAAGAGUAUCCGUUCACCUCACAAGAUCAAGGGCGGUGUUUCUGGCUGCGUGCGCGAGUGCGCCGAAGCACAGAACAAGGACUUCGGUCUCAUCGCGACAGAGAAGGGCUUCAACGUCUUCGUUGGAGGCAACGGCGGUGCCAAGCCGCGCCACUCAGAACUGCUAGCGACGGACGUGCCACCAGACGAUGUCAUUCCCAUGUUAGACCGCUACCUCAGCUUCUACAUCCGGACAGCAGACAAGCUCCAACGAACAGCACGGUGGAUCGAAAACUUGCCCGGAGGCAUCAAGUAUCUACGGGAGGUUAUCCUAGAGGACAAGCUCGGCAUAUGCAAGGACCUCGAGCAGCAGAUGGAAGACUUGGUGGGAAGUUUCUUCUGCGAAUGGACCGAAGUGGUCAAGAACCCCGAACGCCGCAAACUUUUCUCCCAGUUCAUUAACACCGACGAGAACAUUCUCGACCCCGUCGAGGCAGUGGAAGAGCGCGGCCAGAGACGCCCAGCCUACUGGCCCAAGGAAUCCAUUAAGGAGGAUUUCCGCGGCACCAAGUGGAGUGAACUAUCCUGGCAGCCGAUGGUGGAAGCCUCCAAAUUCAAAGACGUCCCGACCGGCGACAGCGCAGCCCUCAAGCGGGGCGACACCCAACUCGCCCUUUUCAAAAUCAAGGGCAAGUACUACUGCACGCAGCAGAUGUGCCCGCACAAGCGUGCCUUCGUACUGUCGGACGGCCUGAUCGGCGACGACCUCAAGACCGGCAAGCUCUGGGUCAGCUGUCCGUACCACAAGCGGAACUACGAGCUCGGCGGCCCGGACGCAGGAAAGUGCGGCAAUGACGACCAAGUCAACAUCGCUACUUUCCCUGUCGAGGAGCGCGACGAUGGGUGGGUGUAUGUCAAGUUGCCGCCGGUUGAGGAGCUGGAUUCUGUGCUCGGUACGUCGAAGUGGAAGGUUAAGAAGACGGAUACGGAAGAUCCGUUUGCGUCGCUAGAUAAGAAGCUGAAGAAUGGUAUGGGCUUCAAGGGCCGAAAGGGACAGCAGGCGAGUCACUUAGAGGGUGCGCCGGGAGAGAAGGGUCGGGCGGCGGAGAUUCUGGCUGGAAGGGAAAAGGCUGUUGGUGGUAUGGAUUGGUGA